GUUAUGCCUCUAGUGAGGGUAGCCACCCCGCUCACUUUUUCUGGGAGCCAAGCACCGCUAGGGCAACAGUGCAUUGAUCUUGCAAGCACCAUAGAGACAUUUGCUCCUCCGCUGGCCCAGUUCGAAAACCUCUAUAAAGAUAUCCACCAGCAUCCCGAAUUAUCAUGCAGCGAGGCCCGCACAUCUUCCAUCAUCGCGGACAGAUUGCAAGAUCUAGGCUUCGAUGUUCGCCAAUCGAUAGGCGGCCAUGGAGUCGUCGGUGUCCUUCAAAACGGUCCAGGCAAGGUGGUGAUGCUGCGGGCCGAGCUAGACGCAUUACCCAUCCAGGAGCAGACAGGGCUCUCAUUCUCGAGCACGAAACGCAUGGCAGAUAUGUGGGGGCGCGACCAGCCUGUGAUGCACGCUUGUGGGCACGAUAUGCACAUGGCAUGCCUGAUAGCCGCCGCAAAACUACUGCAUGAUGCUCGAAGUGCGUGGGCAGGAACAUUAGAGGUCCUAUUUCAGCCAAACGAGGAACAUACUGGUGGAGCUCAGUCGAUGAUCGACGACGGCCUCUAUGAAAAGAUUCCUAAACCCGAUGUGGUCAUGGCUCAACACUUGAUGCAAAUUCCAAGUGGCACCCUGAGUAUCAAAAGCGGGCCUGUGCUAGUCUCGGCCGAUACAGUCAAGCUUCGCGUUUUCUCCAGCGAGGGGCACGCCGCCAACCCGCAGGUGUCAGUUGAGAUCUCGGUGGUGGUGAGCAAGAUUGUCCUAAGGCUUCAGGAUCUCGUCAAAGAGGUCUCCAAAGAUGGAUACGCCUCAAUCCACGUCGAAGAGCUACACAUAGGAGCCCCUGGCCUAGACUGGGUUGAGUAUGCAGAUGUGGUCUUAGAUGUCAAGGCUUACGAUCCUAGCUUACGAAGCCGGCUGCUCGAUGGCAUAAAUGGCAUCGUGGAGGAUGAAUCUACCGCUUCUGGCGCUGCCAAGAAACCCUGUAUUACAUCGUCCGUCCGAGCUCCCUUAACUAAUAAUGAUGGGCAUUUAGCAGGUAGAGUCGGCCAGGUUUUUGCUGAUUUCUUUGGGGCAGAUAAGGUUCUGCAAGAGCUCCCUAGUCAUCCUUGUGAGGAUUUCUCCAUCUUGGCGAGGGCCGUCCAGUCCCCGUACGUGUUUUGGUUUCUCGGCCGGGUACAUCCCGAAGAUCUUGAGAGAGCACGAAGAGAUGGCAAUGUACUUGACAAAAUCCCCAUCGAACACUCUGCUUUUAAUGCACCAUUGAUACACCCCACCCUAGAGACUGGAAUGAAGGCCUUGUCGGUUGCUGCCCUGUCCUUCCUCACAGAAGACAACACAUGUUAGCCACUCGGAGACGAGGAACAAGAAAAGAAAAGAAAGGGCAACGGAUAUUCUAGUUAGACUUCCAAGUUUCCAUCAUAUAAGAUAAUCAGGAAACGAAAAAUAUAUAUAGUUAC